AUGCUCUCUGGAUACCUCGACUCAUGUCGCAUGGAUUUUAUCUUACAGUGGAGACCACCUGGUAUAUCCGAAUCAGAAUGCUCUGCAUCCGAGCUCCCGUUCCUGCGCCUCAUUCUAAAUCUUAUUCUGAUGGAGGGCACACGUGCGCCUGCAUUGGAUUUGUUACUGCUUUUGUUGAAGCGCAAAGCCCAACCAGGACCUGAAGAUCCCGUCUCCAAAUUAACGAAUGCUUUACUUGCGGAUACCUUUUCCUUUACCCGACUUCUGACCAUUGUUAGUUCUUCGUUGGACGAUCAGCAUUCCUUAACAGAGGGCGGAUAUAACGCGUUACUUUUGGCCUCUGAAGUCAUCGCCCGGCUCGGUCAGGCGAUGGUCACUCGAUGGACGGAUUUCUGCACACAAUCGUCUCCCUGCGAGUGUGUUGUUGGAAUGCAGUUCGCCUGUUCCAAUCAUUUCACCCACAUAUUGAAUUGCAUUUUGCGAAUUAUGAACCAUCCCCUCAAGAUGAUUUCCGCAACUACCAAUAUAUUCUGGCUGACUGCCCUUCGUUCACCUGAACAGUCACUGAUCACCCAAUUGGCCCAGUUUAUUCCGGAUCUCUUCCAAGUUUGGCGCCGAGGAUUAAAAAAGGACUGGUUCACGCGUGCGCCAAACGCUUACACUCAAUGGAUGCGUGGAGCUUUCGACUCAGACGAGUACUAUGGUCUCUUAUCAAAAUAUCGAACUGAGAUGACUCGUUGUUUGAGUCUGGCCGCGGACCACUGGCCGGUUCAACUACUCCAGCUGCUUACCUCAUUUUCCAUGGAUCUCGUCAAAGCAACUUCAGCGAUCACUGACUCACGGGAACCAAAAAUACAUGACUCCUCUAUCGAUGACGCAGCCUCCGAUUGGGACACUCUCGAACUCCUCUUCGAUCAAGUUUUACCUGGUAUCAAGGGGGGCUUUACUACUGCAGGCCAGCCGGAUCGAUUCCGUCAGAUAAUGGGCGAUAUGGUGCGGCAAUAUCUGCAGGUUCCACCGUCGCAACAUCCCAGUCUACGUGGAAAGUAUCUGGCUUGUUGCUCCAUUGCCAUUCAAUAUGUAGAUGCCACUCAUGAUCCUGAAUUACUGAUUCCAUUAUUGACCCAAAUAUUUGCAUGCUUUCGGUACAACCCAUUUGAAGCCUCCACUUCUCCAGACUUUGGGCGUCCGAAGUGUGUGCAAGCCAUGCACUUGGAGGCCGCGUCUUCCUUUUUCCGCCUCACUCGUGCCAACCCCGAACGUAUCAUGCCUCAUUUUGACGCGAUCGGUUCCGAAGUAAUCAGCCUGUGGGCAGAUCCAUGCAGCGGCAUGAUGGAGAAGUGUGUCCUUCUCGAGGCACUGAUUGUGCUUUGCCUCCGUCUACCCCAACCGAUCACUGUCCAACGCGAUCUCCUCAAGCAGUUGGUAACUCACGUUACUUCGUCCUGGUGUCCGUCUUCUCCCACAGAGUCUGAUCCAGCCCCAAUGGCACGAUUGUUGUCCGCCUGUGGUUCCGGCGGUCUCGGUCUGCUUACCGCUCUGGGUCUAGACCAACCUAUAUCUGCGCAUCACGACAUACGGUCCCCAUACGUACAAUUGCGUAUCGCUCUCGGUCAAAAUACUCUGGCCCUGUUGGCCACUUCUAGGCGCCUUGCAGAACCGGUGAAUUCCGAGCAGCUUUCUCAAAUCACUAUCCCUAUGUUGGAACCAGUCCUGUCCCCCGUAGUACUUGUGCUUCGAGCUUUUAACCAAUUGUGGCUACCCAAUCUCCGUGCUCGGGUGGAUCCUUCGCUGACAUCCGUUUAUGAAAUGUCCGAUCGAGCAAAGACAGCGGUUCUGUCGCUUCAGUUGACCCGUUCGGAAAGACGCAAUUGCGAUGAACCGAAGACACCCAUAGAUCGCAUUCGGCUUGGUUUAUUCGAACACCAUGAGAACAUUCUGACUAUCACGGGCAUCCUGUUCACCGGCCUUGCUUCUCGCUUGUACAUGUUGCCCACAGACCAGCUCGCGUUGGUGUUGCACCAGGGCUGCUGCGAAGCAUUCGAACACCUACCGGAAGUGAAACUUAUCAGCAUCAUACGUCACGUAAUUCGGCCAUUUGUUCGAAGCUGUCCCAAGCUUUAUCUGUCCACUGCUCUGGUCCCGCUCAUUCCCCCUAUCGUUGAAUCUGUUGUACAGCGGCUCGAUGCAAGCUGGCACCGGUUUGCCAUAACGAGCCAAACUACCCUCGCAGACGAUAAGGCUGUCACGGAAGAAUUGCUCGAAGAGCGCGUCACCCGUCUGCUAAGUCGCGCAUUGAUGGAUUUGCUAAGAGUCAUUUAUACCUUUAACGGCUGCGAAUCCAUCUCCGCCUGGUCUGACAACGACUCCGAUAAACUGGACGACAUCGAUAUGGCCCCGGACUCGCAAAUGUCCACUGCUUCCUCGAAUCACGGAACAACCGACGUCCACAGCUCCGUCGGUGCCUUAGCUCACGCUUUGAUGGCAUCUUCUUUGACUGAUUCUCAGCUGGACAAUGUGGAUGGGGGCGCAUCGUGUGCGGAUCCGUUGUUCCUAUGCAGUCUUGCCAAGUGUCUUUCUUGGCCUGAUAGUGUAACUUGUGCCAAAGCCUCCCAAUGGAUACCUCCUCUGAUUGACGCGAUGCUUCAGUCCCCAGUCACUGGAGACAGCUCCACUCCUUCGGACAAGCGCCACUUACCAGCGCCUUUGGCCGAGUCCGUUCUCUUUGGCAUUCUAUGUGGUCUGCAUGUGAACGGGAAGAACACCGAAUCCAAUUUACCCGGUCUGCUACUCGCUGGAGUUCGUGUCUACACUUCCGUUGACGCUUCAGUGGCUUGCGAUCGACUUCGGACGGUGGUCACCAAGAUACUCCUAAAUACAUUUGGUGACGAUUCUACGCAAUCAACCCAGCUAAUACAAUCGAUCCAGAAUUUCGAAAAUAAGGUAUUCAACAGUUCCAAGACGCUACCGGAAAAGGCAAAGCGGGAAUUGUUCAAAAAGCUUGUUCAACCCAUUAUCGGAGUUCCCCUUAGUCGACAAUUUUGUGACAAUGUGGCAAUCGCCCCUCUCGCCCCAUUGGUUCGUUCCAAAUGGAAGCAAUCCACUCGCAACGGCGACUCGUUUCCGGACACUUUCGGCCUCUGCGCUCUAUUCUCCAAUUGAUGAGACGCAUUUUUCUUGUUUCCUCACCGAGAUUUCCUUCCUCGAAAACGCAACAGAAUGAAUGUACUCAUUUACCACCAUGUUGGCGUUUGAUCCGGACUUUCAUUCGUGAGUGUACAGCACCAAUGAGUUGCCAAUAAACAUUUGGGUGUAAAUAAUUUCCACCUGCUCGUUCAAACGCGUACCCACCUCGCCACUAAGCACAGUUUACGCUUCUGAAUGGAUAAGUUGCAUUUAGAUCGUUAAAGCCCAG